CCAGUCCUGGGUUUGACUGAGUGGGUCACUACUCCAGGGGCUCUACCACUGCCCAGCUAGGAACGCGGCAUCCCUGGCGGACACUGCCGGGGCCUCCUCCCCAGCGACUGAGGGCAGAGGACCAAGCAGGGAAGGCAGCAGCCGCAAGAUUAGGGCGCUGGAGUCCAGAUUCUGUAACGAGGCCCCGCCCCUCUCUAGGCGGUGCGGCCCGGCUUUCCGGAUCCUGCGCUGUGAUUGGUCGGCCUCUGCAGCGAGCGUCGCGAUUGGUCCCCGUGCGGCCGUUGGGAUUUGAACUCCACAUUCGUGGCUUUGCCCGCGCGUCGCCUGGCUCAGAGGCAGGUUUUUGCCUCCGCCUGCUGGGGAUUGGCUUCUCCAUUUUUGCACGCCCGGUUUUCUCCAUUUCAGCUCCACUACCCGAGUCCCAGGAACGACCGGUGAGGUUCUCGGGUUUCCAGCCCUGUGAGCCAGUGGGAAAAGGAUGUCUCCCCAACUGUGUGAGUUCCAUCUGCCCUUAACCCCAGAGGAAUUGUUGAAAAGUGGAGGGGUGAAUCAGUAUGUUGUGCAAGAGGUACUGUCCGUCAGAAAUCUUCCCUCACAGCUUAAAGCUUUUCAGGCUGCCUUCCGAGCUCAGGGGCCCCUGGCCAUGCUGGAGCACUUUGAUACUGUCUACAGCAUUCUACAUCACUUUCGAAGUAUAGAUCCUGGCCUCAAGGAAGAUGCCCUGGAAUUCCUGAUAAAAGUGGUAUCCCGCCACGCUCAGGAACUUCCAGCUAUCCUCGAUGAUGCAACUCUGAGUGUAUCUGAUAGAAGUGCCCACCUAAAUGCCCUCAAAAUGAACUGCUAUGCUCUGGUACGCCUCUUGGAAUCCUUUGAGACUAUGACCACCCAGACGAAUCUCGUGGACCUGGACCUUGGUGGGAAGGGCAAGAAAGCCAGGGCCAAGUCAGCCCAUGGCUUUGACUGGGAAGAGGAGAGGCAACCAAUUCUUCAGCUUUUAACACAGCUGCUCCAGUUGGACAUUCGUCACCUAUGGAACCACUCAAUAAUUGAAGAGGAAUUUGUCAGUUUGGUUACCGGUUGCUGUUACCGCCUUCUGGAGAACCCCACCAUUAGUCACCAGAAGAACCGCUCUACCCGGGAAGCCAUAACACGCCUGCUUGGUGUCGCCUUGACACAUUACAACCAUAUGCUCAGUGCCACAGUGAAAAUCAUCCAGAUGCUGCAGCACUUUGAACACCUGGCACCUGUACUGGUGGCGGCUGUGAGUCUAUGGGCCACUGAUUAUGGAAUGAAGAGCAUAGUGGGAGAGAUUGUAAGAGAGAUUGGACAGAAGUGUCCCCAGGAGCUGAGUCGGGACCCUACAGGGGCAAAGGGCUUUGCAGCCUUCUUGACAGAACUAGCAGAACGUAUCCCAGCCAUCCUGAUGUCCAGCAUGUGCAUUUUGCUAGAUCACCUGGAUGGAGAGAAUUACAUGAUGCGCAAUGCUGUGCUCGCAGCCAUGGCAGAGAUGAUACUGCAGGUUCUGAAUGGUGAUCAGCUGGAGGAAGCAGCCCGAGACACCAGAGACCAGUUCUUGGACACCCUGCAAGCCCAUGGCCAUGAUGUCAAUUCCUUUGUACGAAGCCGUGUUUUGCAACUCUUCACCCGAAUCGUCCAGCAGAAGGCUCUCCCGCUGACACGAUUCCAGGCAGUGGUGGCCUUGGCAGUGGGCCGUCUGGCAGACAAGUCGGUGCUAGUAUGUAAAAACGCUAUCCAGCUGCUGGCCAGUUUUCUCACCAACAAUCCCUUUUCCUGCAAGCUUAGCGAUACUGACCUUGCUGGACCGCUGCAGAAGGAAACCCAGAAAUUACAAGAGAUGAGGGCCCAGAGGCAAACUGCAGUUGCUUCUGCGGUGCUGGAGCCCGAGGAGGAGUGGGAAGCCAUGCUGCCAGAGUUGAAGUCUACCUUACAACAGCUGCUCACACCUCCCCAGGAAGAAGAAGAGAUUCCUGAAAAAAUUGCUACUACAGAGACCACAGAAGAGGUGAAAGGACGCAUCCGUCAGUUACUUGCCAAAGCUAGUUACAAGCAGGCCAUCAUUCUCACUCGAGAAGCCCUAAGCCACUUCCAGGAGUCUGAACCCUUCAAUCAUAUGGACCCAGAGGAGUCGGAGGAGACCAGAUUUCUGAAUCUCUUAGGAACUAUUUUUAAAGGUGCAUCAGCUUCCACACAGGAGAAGAGUCCCCCGGCGUCUGCAGAGAACAUGGGCCCAGGACAGACUGACUAUAAAGACAAUCCCAGUGUGUCAGAGCUUGAGAAAUCCAAGGGAAAGGAUGAACUGGUGAAGCAAGAGAUGCUGGUGCAGUAUCUGCAGGAUGCUUAUAACUUCUCUCUGAAGAUUACAGAGGCCAUUGGCAUCAUCAGCAAGAUGAUGUAUGAAAACACAACCACAGUGGUACAGGAGGUGAUUGAAUUCUUUGUGAUGGCAUUCCAAUUUGGGGUACCUCAGGCCCUGUUUGGGGUACGCCGCAUGCUGCCUCUCAUCUGGUCUAAGGAGCCUGGUAUCCGGGAAGCUGUGCUUAAUGCCUACCGCCAACUUUACCUCAACCCCAAAGGGGACUCUGCCAGAGCCAAGGCCCAGGUUUUGAUUCAGAAUCUCUCUUUGCUGCUAGUGGAUGCCUCAGUUGGGACAAUUCAAUGUCUUGAGGAAAUUCUCUGUGAGUUUGUGCAGAAGGAUGAAUUGAAACCUGCAGUGACCCAGCUGCUUUGGGAGCGGGCAACUGAGAAGGUCCCCUGCUCCCCUCUGGAGCGCUGUUCGUCCGUCAUGCUUCUUGGAAUGAUGUCACGAGGAAAACCAGAAAUUGUGGGUAGCAACUUAGACACACUGGUGAGCAUUGGGCUGGAAGAGAAGUUUCCACAGGACUACAGGCUGGCCCAACAGGUGUGCCUUGCCAUUGCCAACAUCUCUGACAGGAGAAAGCCUUCCCUGGGCAAACGUCACCCUCCCUUCCGGCUGCCGCAGGAACAUAGGUUAUUUGAGCGACUACAGGAGAUGGUCACAAAAGGCUUUGUCCACCCAGACCCACUCUGGAUCCCCUUCAAAGAGGUGGCUGUGACCCUCAUUUACCAGCUGGCAGAGGGCCCCGAGGUGAUCUGUGCCCAGAUAUUGCAGAGAUGUGCGAAGCAGGCCCUGGAGAAGCUCGUGGAGAAGAGCACCCCCCAGGGUGACCCGAAGGAGACCCCCAUGCUCCCCACUUUCCUGCUGAUGAACCUGCUGUCCCUGGCUGGGGAUGUGGCUCUGCAGCAGCUGGUACAUUUGGAACAGGCCGUCAGUGGAGAGCUUUGUCGUCGCCGAGUUCUUCGGGAAGAACGGGAGAAUAAAACUAAAGAGCCGAAGGAGAAGAAUACAAGCACUGAGACCACCAUGGAGGAGGAGAUGGGACUGGUUGGGGCCACUGCUGAUGACACAGAGGCAGAACUAAUCCGCAAUAUCUGUGAGAUGGAACUGUUAGGUGGCGAACAGAUGUUGGCUGCCUUUGUUCCACUUCUGCUUAAAGUCUGCAACAACCCGGGCCUCUAUAGCAAUCCAGAGCUCUGUGCAGCUGCGUCGCUUACCCUUGGCAAGUUCUGCAUGAUCAGUGCCACUUUCUGUGACUCCCAGCUUCGUCUUCUGUUCACCAUGCUAGAAAAGUCCUCGCUCCCCAUUCUCCGGUCUAACAUCAUGAUUGCUACUGGGGAUCUGGCCAUCUGCUUCCCCAACCUGGUGGACCCCUGGACACCUCAUCUGUAUGCUCGUCUCCGGGACCCAGCUCAGCAAGUGCGGAAAACAGCAGGGCUGGUGAUGACCCACCUGAUCCUCAAGGACAUGGUGAAGGUGAAAGGACAGGUUAGCGAGAUGGCUGUGCUGCUCAUUGACCCUGUGCCUCAGAUCGCUGCCCUGGCCAAGAACUUCUUCAAUGAGCUUUCCCACAAGGGCAAUGCAAUCUAUAACCUGCUUCCAGAUAUCAUCAGCCGCCUGUCAGACCCUGAGGGAGGGGUGAAGGAAGAGCCUUUUCACACCAUCAUGAAGUAUGGUUCCCUGGGCCUUGGGGCAUAUUUUUUCACCUAUCAAUCUCUUCCCCUCCAGGCUGUAAUAGAUGAAUUUGAGCAGAAGCUUCGGGCCUGUCACACAAGAGGGUUGGAUGCGAUAGAGGAACUUGAGAUUGGCCAAGGAGAUAGCCAGAAAACCCCAGCAGCCAAGAAACAGUCCUCCGUCUCUAGGCACCAGCAUCUGGCUUCUGCAGCCUCAGACAAUGACUUUGUCACACCUGAGCCCCGCCGCACUACCCGCACUGCUCGCACUGCCCGUUGGCAGCCAAACACCCAGCAGCGAGUUAGGAAGAAGAAACCCAAAAUUGUCUUCUCGAGUGAUGAGUCCAGCGAGGAAGAGCUUUCAGCAGAGAUGACGGAAGAUGAGACUCCGAAGAAAACUACCCCCAUCCGCCGAGCAUCUACUCGCAAGCACCGGUCCUAGAGAUUGGCUUGCCUGUUCUCUUCCCUGCUGUGUAGGGUAUCUUGUGGGGUGACCUUGAAUUCCGUUCCUCUUGUAAAAUACUUGUUUGCCUGUCUCUUUGGACUUUUAAUACAUAAAUCGUUUUUAUAUGUAAGGCAUUUCUCUUAAGCCAGCCUAACUAAAGUGAGUUGAGCUGCUUUCACUAGAAUGUUUGCCGGUCUCCUGUUUUGUAAUGAAUAAAUGUUUUUAUACUUUUAGA